AUGUCCCUCCCUGAAUCACAGCCAGAUUGGAAUAACCUCAAGGUACUCCAACGUAAUCGGCGGCCUACUCGAGCGCACUUCUACAAUUAUGAGGAUGAAAUAACCGCACUUACUUUGGAUCGUAACAAGAGUGCCCUCUACCGAAGCCUCAACGGAUCGUGGAAGUUCCGCCAUGACUUGUCGCCCUUGGAGGCUCCAGAUUGGGCGGCCACUGACCCAAACCUGUGGGACGACAUCACGGUUCCAGGCAUGUGGCAAUUGCAAGGCUAUGGUAGUCCCCACUACACAAACGUCAAUUAUCCAUUCCCAGUUGAUCCACCAAACGUACCAUUGGAGAACGAGACAGGCUCGUAUUGGAGGAAGUUCACCAUGCCUCAGAGCUGGGACGUUGGCACUCACACUGUAAAAUUGCGCUUCGAGGGCGUUGACAGUUCCUAUCAUGUCUGGGUGAAUGGCAAUGAGGUUGGAUACAGUCAAGGGAGUCGCAACGCCGCUGAGUUUGACAUCACCAGUCUGUUGAACAAUGGAAAAGACUGCGUCAAUACGGUGGCGGUCCGCGUGUACAAGUUCUGUGACGGGACUUAUAUCGAAGACCAGGACCAGUGGUGGCUAUCAGGCAUCUUCCGGGAUGUCUACCUCAUCGCUUUCCCACAGCAUGGAAUCUCCGACUUCACCCUCACCACUAACCUGGACGACACGUUUACCCAAGCUGAGAUUACGGCAAGUGUCGAGACUCACGGAGACGUAAGGGAUUUCAAGCUCAAGCUGCUGUCCCCCGACGGGGGGCUUGUUGGUCAAGGGGCAGACAGCACCAGCGUUACCAUACGAGUUACUGGCACUGAGCUCAAGCUAUGGUCUGCCGAGCAGCCUGUGCUGUACACUGUCCUUCUCGUGUGCGGGAACCAAGUCAUCCCACAACGCAUCGGCAUCCGGCGAGUGGAAGUGCGCAACGCCAACAUUCUGCUCAACGGUCAACCCAUCAUAUUCUACGGCGUCAACCGCCAUGAGCACCACCCAACCCUCGGUCGCUCGGUGCCUUACGAGUUUAUGCGGCGCGACUUAAUCACCAUGAAGCAGCACAACGUCAAUGCCGUCCGUACGUCGCACUACCCCAACGACCCGCGGAUGUACGAGGUGGCCGACGAGCUCGGCCUGUAUGUCAUCAAUGAAGCCGACCUUGAAUGUCAUGGCUUUUACAAACCUGAGCGUGCUAAGUUGGCCGCUCAAGGCUUGCAACUCAGCAGGGUCGAGUUCCGGGAGCGGGUUUACGUCGAAUCCAGACCGUGGAUAUCGGAUAAUCCUGCCUGGAGGGAAGCAUACCUGGACCGCGCGGUGCAGCUUGUGGAGCGCUUCAAGAACUCGACCUGUUCCAUCAUCUGGUCUCUGGGCAACGAGGCCUUUUAUGGUCAGAACCUCGCUGCUAUGUAUCAUUGGGUCAAGAAGCGUGAUCCAAUGCGGCUGGUUCACUAUGAAGCUGAUCGGGAGGCUGUCACUGCAGAUUUUUACAGCUCCAUGUACAACACCUUGGAUGAGUUGAGGGACCACGCCGCGAGCAAGACGGAUCGCCCGUUGAUUCUAUGCGAGUACGCUCAUGCCAUGGGGAACGGGCCGGGUGGCUUAAAGGACUAUAUCGACACUUUCCGGAGCGAGAAGAUGCUGCAGGGCGGCUUUGUCUGGCAGUGGGCAAACCACGGCUUACUGACCAAGAGCGAAGACGGGACCCCGUUUUUCGGGUACGGAGGGGACUUUGGUGAUGAGCUCAACGAUGCCGACUUUAUCCUAGACGGGUUGCUGUGGUCCGAUCAUACGCCGAAUCCAGGACUAUUCGAAUACAAGAAGGUCACAGAGCCUGUGACGGUGGAGGGUAUCAAUGUCAAGAUGGGAGAGAUUGCUCUUCGCAGCCACUAUUUCUUCUCUGACCUGUCUCAUCUCACGUGUUCGUGGAGCGUUACGGUUCAAGACGAGGAGGCUACGGAGCCUAGGAGCAUGGAUCUUCCACAUAUUGGCCCAGGACUGACGGCUACUGUCCGGCUUCCUGCUGAGUGUGUCACAUUUCUUGAAGCCAAGUCGUCGAGCGAGAGUUGGGUGAAUCUCUCCUUUCGGCUGAAGAGCGAUACCAACUGGGCUCCAGCAGGACAUGAAGUCGCCUGGUCCCAAGUCCAUGUUCCAUCGCCGUCGCCAGGAGAGCCUUCAAACAGUGCAUCCGCCAUAGUGAAAAACGUCAAGGUUCCCAUAAUCAACACUACACCGGGCCGGUUAAUCGUGUCUUCUGCCAACAGUAAUGCCCAGAUGGUCUUCAACCUCGUCCGUGGCGGUUUUCAAUGGACAUCCGAGUCUGGUGUUGCAGUGACCAAAGGUCCAGAUCUGAGCAUUUACCGUGCCAUGACGUCGAACGACCUCGGCUUCGGUGGCGAUGGCGCCGAGUGGCAACGCUGCAUGGUUGACUGGGCGCGUUCAGCCGUCAUCAAAACGACCUGGGAGCAGGACAAGGGUGAUGGUACCAACGGCGAUGUCAAAGUCGCCAUCAAGGUGCGCAUCGGGCCUCCGUCCCUCUCAUGGGCCGUCAGAGCAACACUCGAGUACGUCGUCUCGGGCUCGCUCACAACCGUCUCGAUCCGGGCCAGGGGCGAUCUAGAACGCCGAGAAUCCGCCUCCCCGGCUCCGCAUGUUCUCCCACGCAUCGGGCUGGAUCUAACUCUGCCUAGGUCCUACAACCGUGUGCACUGGUUUGGUAGAGGUCCGGGCGAAGGCUACCGCGACAAAAAGGAGGCGUCGCGCGUGGGGUUGUACCAAGCGAGUGUGGAUGAGUUGCAUGUGCCAUAUGAAGUGCCACAGGAGAACGGCAGUAGGGGCGAUGUUCAUUGGGUUCGGCUACAGGCUGAUGAAGGCAUAAGUGACACGCCUAUCCUCGAGGUGCGGAUGGUCCAUGGACAGUUCAACUUCACUGCGCGAAAGCAUACUCCGCAGGAGCUUGAUCGAGCAAGACAUCCGCAUGAGCUGAAGGAGUGCGAUGAGCUGCUGUUAAGUCUGGACUAUGCGCACCAUGGUCUGGGGUCCGGGUCUUGUGGGCCUCCGCCGUUUGAAGCGUAUCGGUUAUAUGCUGAGCCGUUUGAUUUUACGACUGUAUUGAGGUUGGUUGAGGAUGGCGAAGCCAUGGACACUUGA